AUGUCACGCUUGAUCAUUAUUAAUGUGUGCACCGUUUUCCCCAAACCCUUUCCUAUUAUCCUUAUUCUUUCCACUAUUCUUCAUUGUCAAGCCGCCAAAGUGGAGAGUGUGAUUGCAGAAGGGGGUGCUUCUCGUUUCAGUGCUUCUUCGGGGGGAGGAGGUGGUAGGGGUGCACCUCAGCACUAUCCCAAGACUGUCGGCAACAGCGAGUUCCUGGGGAAAACCCCAGGGCAAAGCGUUCAGAGAUGGGUUCCUUCACGAAGCACUAGACGAGAUGUCAACUCCAGCAAUGAGAAAGAGCGACAUGAUGCGAUCUUCAGGAAAGUGAGAGGCAUACUCAACAAACUCACGCCUGAGAAGUUUGACAAGCUAUGCCUUGAGCUCCUGAACGUGGGCGUAGACUCAAAACUCGUCCUAAAAGGAAUCAUCUUGCUGAUUGUGGACAAAGCCCUAGAAGAGCCCAAGUAUAGCUCGCUCUAUGCUCAGCUAUGUCUGCGCUUGGCAGAGGACGCACCAAACUUUGAUGGCCCUUCAACCGAGAUCCAAACAUCCCAAAAGCAGAGCACAACCUUCAGAAGACUGCUGAUUUCCAAGCUUCAAGAUGAAUUUGAAAACCGUGCCAGAAAUGUUGAAAUCUAUGACAAACAUGACAACCCUCUUACUUCUGAGGAGGAGGAGCAGAGAGCCAUUGCCAAGAUUAAGAUGCUUGGCAACAUUAAAUUCAUUGGGGAACUUGGCAAACUCGACCUCAUUCACGAAUCUAUCCUCCAUAAGUGCAUCAAAACGCUUCUGGAAAAGAAGAAGAGAGUCCAGCUUAAGGAUAUGGGCGAGGAUCUGGAGUGCCUCUGUCAGAUAAUGAGAACUGUUGGGCCGAGACUCGACCAUGAGAAAGCAAAGUCUUUAAUGGAUCAGUACUUUGGCCGUAUGCGAUCCUUAAUGAACAACAAGGAUUUGCCAGCGAGAAUCCGCUUCCUGCUACAAGAUACAGUGGAGCUGCGAGAGAACAACUGGGUCCCCCGCAAGGCUUUCCUCGACAACGGACCAAAGACAAUAAACCAGAUCCGACAAGAUGCAGUGAAGGAUUUGGGCGUUUUCAUCCCAGCACCCAUGUCACAGGGCAUGAGGAUGGACUUCUUCCUGGAAAGCCCCUUCAUGCCCAACAGAAUGAAACUGGACAGGGAGACGCUCGGGGGAUUGGCAGACAUGUUUGGACAGAUGCCAGGCAGUGGGAUUGGAACAGGACCCGGAGUUAUUCAAGACAGGUACUCGCCCACCAUGGGACGCCAUCGCACCAACCCACUCUUCAACGGUCACAGUGGUCACAUCGCUCCCCCACCACAGUCACAGUUUGACAUUGGGCCAAAGUCCUUUGUAAAGUCCAACCAGGUUCAGAACCAGCAUUUCCUCAGCCAGAGUCAGAACCACGCAGCCCAGCAGCAGGCCCAGUCCAAGGACAUGCCCCCUCGAUUCAGUAAGAAAGGACAGCUCAAUGCAGAUGAGAUCAGCCUGAGGCCGGCUCAGUCAUUCCUCCUCAACAAGAGCCAGGUUCCCAAACUGAUACCGCAGAUCCCCACCAUGAUGCCUCCCAGUGCCCAGCCCCCACGCACCCAGACCCCUCCCUUGGGACAGCCCCCUCAGCUUGGCUUGAAAACCAACCCUCCGCCCAUCCAAGAAAAACCUCAGAAGACCAACAAGAAACCACCUCCUGCCAAAGAGGAGUUGUUGAAGAUGACGGAGGCUGCUGUAAGCGAGUACUUUACCAGUAAGGAGCUGAAUGAGGCGGUGAGCAGCAUGCGUGAGAUGAAGGCUCCCAAGCACUUUCUGCCCGAGAUGCUGAGUAAGAUCAUCGUGUGCUCUUUGGACCGGCCUGACGAGGACAAGGAGCACGCUAGCACUCUGAUCCACACGCUUCGCCUGGAGGGGCUCAUCACAGCAGAGAACUUCAUGCAGGCUUUCCUCAAUGUCCUGGACCAGUGCCCAAAAAUCGAAGUGGAUGUGCCCCUGGUGAAGUCCUACCUAGCCCAGUUUGCUGCACGGGCCAUCAUUGCUGAGCUGGUGAGCGUGGCUGAGCUGGCACACCCCCUGGAGAACGGCACCCACUUCCCGCUCUUCCUGCUGUGCCUGCAGCAGACUGCCAAACUGAAGGACAAAGAGUGGCUCACUGACAUCUUCCAACAGAGCAAGGUCAACAUGCAGAAGAUGCUGCCAGAAAUCGACCAGAACAAGGACCGCAUGCUGGAGAUUCUAGAGGGAAAGGGUCUGAGCUUCCUGUUCCCUCUGCUGAAGCUGGAGAAGGAGCUGCUGAAGCAGAUCACGGCAGACCCGUCUCCACAGUCUAUCUACAAGUGGAUCAAAGACAACAUCUCCCCCAAGCUCCACACCGACAAAGGCUUUGUCAACAUCCUAAUGACCAGCUUCCUGCAGUACAUCGCCCAGGAGCUGUGCAUGGAUGAGGGCGACGAGCAGCUGUCUGCCCCCUCCAAGGAGCAACUGGAGCAGGAGAAGCAGCUACUUCUGGCAUUCAAACCAGUCAUGCAGAAGUUCCUGCACGACCACACCGAGCUGCAGGUCAGCGCCUUGUACGCCCUGCAGGUGCACUGCAAUGCCAACAGCUUCCCGAAAGGCAUGCUGCUGCGUUAUUUUGUAAACUUCUACGACAUGGAGAUCAUUGAAGAAGAAGCCUUCCUCGCAUGGAAAGAAGACAUCACCCAAGAAUUCCCUGGAAAAGGAAAAGCUCUGUUCCAGGUCAAUCAGUGGCUUACCUGGUUGGAGACGGCUGAGGAGGAGGAGUCUGAGGACGAAGCGGAUUGAGAAGCAUCAUAAAGUCAUCUGAAGUAGAUUUCCACUUUGCCUUUCCUUUGUGUUUACCUCCAUAAUAGAUUGCGGUAACCACUAACGAGCGGCUCCCCUCACCUGGGCCCACUCCCUCCCGCUCUGUCGCCUUGUGGGUGUUUUUGACUCGUCAUCAGCAACAUCAAGUGUGUAGAGUGACUCAACUUCUUUUUUUUUUUGUAUUGCUUCUUCAAUUUCUGCUAAUUUAAUAUUUGAGUAAUUAACUUUCCCCAAGGCAAACCACUAUUUAAAGGAAAACUGCACUUUUUGGGAAUUUUGCCCAUCAUUCACAAUCGGUAUGUGAAACAUGAACACAUAUUUCUUUCCCUUUUCUGUGCCUUCUAAUGCGAGAAAAGGAGUUAGUAUGAGCUCGAGCCCCAACAAAAAACCUUGAAAAUGCCAACUGAACCAUUUACAUAACUGACUUGUAUAUUAACCAAGCUACAGCAAAUACAAAACUAUUUAUCUGGCGGAGUAACACGACGCCUCGCUGCUUGCCUCAGUGUCACUUAGACAGCUUUACAGUGAGAGGAAAAAAUGAAUUUGUGAGAGAACAUUAAAAUACAACAUUCAGAGCUAAAAACAAGUAUCAUAUAUUGUAUAAAUACGUGAUCACAGCAUGUACUGUAUAAGCGAUACAUUAACAGGUUUUUGUACCGGGCUUCGUAGUUGAAAUGGGUACCUCUCGGGCAUUGUUAGGUAGCUCACACUAACUUGUUUUCUUUCAUUAGAAGAGAAAAUGCAGAGAAAAUGAAAUGUUCAUGUCUCAGGUAAGCAUUGUGUAUGGUGGGCGAAAGUGCAGUUUUCCUUUAAAUCUCGACGCUGGAUCUCAAAGUUGUAAAAGGUGAUGGCGAGGGUUUUUUAGGUUAGUGGGGGGGGCACAGUGAAGCAUACGCUGGCCACACAUUUGUCGUAUAUGAAUUGUUUAGUCGCCCUAAGCUUGCUUUUUUAUUUUAAUAAAAGUGCUCUUCACAGUUAGCUGCUCGCAGACGUUCCUCUUGAACCAAUCAUGAGCGUGUUUCUACCUCUUAAAUUAGUCAAACUGUGUGGUUUCCGAGCCGGGAUGAUGACGUGUCGCAACCUGAAACCCGAGCCAAUGCACUAAAAUAUUUGAUUUAAUCGCACACCAACAAUGCCCCCCUCCCAUCACUGUGCUAACAUUGAAUAAUUAAAUGGAGAUGCAUUUUUUAAGUUCUUAAAUUGAUAAAUGAAAAGCUAUAUCGGCCCACCUGUCCUCCAUAAUUAACUGCUGAAUUAAUUAGUGAACAUCAUUGUACUCAAUGAAAGGUCUCCAUCAUGAUUGUGCACCUGCUUUAAUGUCAAUAAAGUCCAGUACAUGAGCACCAA